CACAAAGACAACAUAACUGAACUCAGAAUAUAUGCAAAUCACACUAAUCUUUCUUGGCCAACCUGGCUGGGCAACACAAACACUACAUUCUUAGCUCUGAUUGGACGCAGCUGAAGCAGUGAAGAAUUUGCAUAUAGCAGUCUGUAACACACACAAGCCUCUGCACCUACAGGAGUGUAAAGAAUCCAGCAGAGAACACGGAGGUCAUUGUUACUCUUCCUUUUCAGUCCUCUUGGUCUGGUAUGUACAACUUUACUUGCAGGACUACAGGCUAUGCUGAUGUCACCUGGUUAAAAUGGAGAAAUCAGAAAAAGUACCAGAACUGAAAGUGUUUUCCACUACAAAGUCAGAAAAUUCCAUUCAACUUUUGAGCCCUGAAGUCACAGUAAACCAAAUAUUUCAUGCUAAUCCUUCUCAUGAAAGAUUCAUAUCAACCUGUUGCAUGGAUGCACAUUAUUUCUGCCAAAAAAGCCCAUGUAGAGUCGAACAAGUGAACCAAGCGUUCAGGAAUCACCUUGCUCAUGCUGCGCAGCAUAAAGAGCUGAUGCGGCACAGAGAGCUAGGAGAUAGAGGAGCGAACCCUGCCAGGAUCAGUCUCCAUCAUCAACCUCCUGAUGGCUGUAGCCCUCGUCCUGCAGAAACCAGAGAGGGUGACACAAGAGGAGAGUGCUCUUGUUGGGAGUCUGGACUUAACCAGUGUGGAGCAACAGGGCCUGCAAAAAGAGACACAACUAGAGGGGAAGAUGGAUACACCUUUCAGCUUCAGAGUGAUGAGGAAGAUCUUGAGCCUCCCUUGCCGCUAAGAUCAGAUGAGUGGCUGCACUGCAGUCCCUUUCUACCUCCUCACCACUGCAUGCACAACUAUGACCUUCAUCAUACUAUGGAUGUCAGGUAUUAUCAUUCUGGAGGAGAAGAGCAGUACAACCUCAAUCUAUUCAACAGAUACCUACCUCAGCCAUGUCACCACUCUGCUCCUUGGCAGCACAGACCCUGGGAUGACACCCAAAACUGGCUCCGACGUCAAGAUAACUUUAUAAAUGACAUCUUGGCUCAGGAAAGCGUCUCAGUUAACGUGCCUCAGUUCUCCGUCCCCCCUGUGGAGGGCAUGUCACAGGUCAGUGUGAUGAACCUGAGCUCCGCGGCAGCAGAGGCGUCCGUCUCACAUCCACAUGAGAAAAGAAGAACCAUCAGUCUGCUUCGUGAGUGCCGAAACAUUUUUAUAACUCAUUCUUCGGACGUUUCUUCAGAGAUAGUCCCCUUCGUAGACUUCCUCACAAAGCAAGGUUUUCGACCAGCUAUUGACUUAUUUGACAACCCCAUCAGAUGUAUGGACAAGUGGAAGGACAGUUACCUGAAAGAUCCAUCAAACCUGAUUAUCAUCGCCAUCAGUCCAAAGUAUAAGGCGGACAUUGAAGGAUCCGUAGUGGAUAGUCAUGGUCUGCACACUAAAUAUAUUCACUCCAUGAUGCAGAAUGAAUUCAUCCAGCAAGGCAGCUUGAAUUUCAGAUUCAUACCGGUUCUCUUCCUCAAUGCAUUCCAGAAGCACGUCCCAAGUUGGCUUCAGAACACGCGUGUUUACCGCUGGCCCCAGGACACUGAGGAUUUGUUACUGCGGCUGCUCAGGGAGGAGAGAUAUGUUCCUCCUCCUGUACCUAUGGAGCUCACCCUCAUCAUCAGACCUGUGGCCCCCAGCUCUGCAGCUACACUGUAAAGACACACCUGUGUUUAUGCAUGCGUGUGUAUGUGAUUUUAGAUUUUAUUUAGAUUUAUUGAGUGCAGAUUGUGUAUAUUAAAAUCUCAGAAUUGAUCCAAUCUAAGUCGAUAACAGCUCAUGUUCUAAGCUGUGUUGUUUCUAACUGGUAACUGGUUUUAACUGACAUGUCUCAACAACUAUUGCAUGGAUUGUUAUGAAAUUUGGUGCAGACAUUCAUGUCUUCCUCAGGAUGAAUUGUUGUGAUUCUUUAGCUUUUCAUCUAGCACCAUCAUCAGGUCUAAAUGUAAUUUGACUAAUAGAUAUACUUUGAUUUCUGUAAAACUGAUUGAUUUCCAUCAGCCACAGCUGUAUUAUGUGUUUAGUGCUAAUUAGCACAUGUUAGCAUACUAAUACUCUAAAAUAAGAUGGUGAAAGUGCUAACAUUAUACCUGUUUAGCAUCAGCAAGUUAACAUUAUCAUUGUGAGCAUGUUAGCGUGCCGAUGUUAACAUUUAGCUAAAAGUAAGCACCAAAAACUUCAGAGCAGCUAGCAUGGCUGUAGACUAGCUGUAGUCUUAUUUUUUGAUGCUUUCAAGGGAAAAUAUGAUUAUGCCUUUCCACUUAUCUGCUUUUUACUUAUUUACCUUGUGAACCAUUUCUAGAGUAUAUUGUACAUACAAUAUGCACAGUACAAAUAUAGCAGGUCAAGCUGUUGCAAGUAAAGGUUCACAAGAUGGCACUGUUUUAAUGCACAUCCUGGACAUUUAUUUUUGGUUCAUUGGUGAGGUAGUUUAUAAUUUUGGAAACAUGUUUAUUUUGAAGCUGCCACUUAUAAGCAAAUGUGAGACUGUAAAAAGAAAGUGAUGAGCAAUGAAAAACCACCGAACAAAAUAAACCACAUAAGCACCAGUGGCAGUGGGAGGAUGAGGCCACAAGUGUUUUGAGCAAGUUUGCUGCUGCUGGACAGUGAAACUUUUUAAGGACACCUCACUUGUUGUCCAUUCCUCAUCUUGUGCACCUGCUUUGUUCCAGUUUAGUGGGCAGAUUACAGUGCCACACCAGUAGGGGAGCCCAGUUCAGCCAACUGAUCUUACACACACCCCUUCAACUGCCAAAAAAGGCCUGCCAAAGCAGCUGGUGUGCAGAGCUCCAGCUAAGAAUAACCCAAACCUUCUGGGGGAUAAAGUUACCUUGAAGCCUCCCUGUGCUCUUCUCUGACCUAUACCCAUGUGAGGCACCAAUAACACUGGGUGGGAUAUUUGGUCUGUUCCCCCUCACCCUACCCAGCCCUAUGCUUAGCUUGGCUCUUUCCUUCCCCUGCGCUGCUUUCCGUUGCCCCACCGUCCCCAGAACCCCCUCUGCAAUGCUGCCACACUGGCAGCUCCAAAUUCUCCAACACUUGUAAAACUUACAGUUUAUGUUUGAUUUCCCUUUUUUGAUCUU